UCCGGCUUGUGACUACAUUCACUCGAAGGACACCAAUUCCUCCAUGUCUACAUCCACGGCCGAAGCGAUCGCCAGUGCACAGUUUAUCUUAAUACAGGAUUAUAUGGGUUUCGCGUGUACAGUAUUUCCCAUCUAUGAUUAUCUGCUUACUGUGGGCAGCGACAUCAAUCUCUUAUGGUUGCAGCGUGCACCGUUUGGGAUGACCACGCUCAUGGUCUUGAUACGAUUCACCAUCAUUGGCAUGCCAACUAUCCAGUUGGUGUCCAUUCUUUGCCGCGGUAUUUACGUCAGCUCCGCAGUAUUCAGUCAGCUCCCGAAUAUACUGGACGCAGUGAUUUCGGCAAUUCGUGCAUACGCAGUCAGCAACCGUAGUUUGGUGUGGGCUGCAAUAGUAUUUUCGACUGGCAUACUCGUGGCUAUCAUCAAUGCGUACAUGAUAGCGACAGACCGAAUUUAUGUGGGGUACGAGGAUGGCGUCGGGAUCUGCGAUAUCGUGGUCCACUUCGUAGGUAGCACGUCUGAAAAUGUGCAACUCGUUGCUUUGAUUUGCAAUAUACUCUCGCAAGCUAUCGUCACCGGUCUCACCUGGUCAAGGAUGCUAUUUCUUGUACGACGGCCUGGAGAGGGACAGGCUCGAGUCAACCCAAGGUCAUUCAGUAUCUCGUGGUUUUUCCUUCGAGACGGUACUGCCUAUCUCAUGCACGUCCUACUCUGCCCAUCUACACAUGCUGUAUUCUUAUCUACCUUGUUCUAGAGCAAUGCUGCUUCUGCAGCUCG